CCCAGCCCAAGGCCUGCCUCCCGGACACACCGAGGCUCACGUAGUCUGGUGGCGGCAGCCUCCCCUGCCAUCUCCCUCCGGGCUUUCCGAUGCAGCGAGCCAGCUGGAGAGGGGGCUUCCCCGCGGCCCAACAGGGUUCUAGCCUGCUCUAGCCCCGUGAUGGCUGUGGACAUAGAGUGCAGGUACAGCUGCAUGGCCCCCUCCUUGCGCAGAGAGCGGUUUGCCUUCCAGAUCUCCCCGAAGCCAAGCAAACCCCUGAGGCCUUGUAUUCAGCUGAGCGGCAAGAAUGAAGCCAGCGGUACGGUGGCCCCGACUGUCCAGGAGAAGAAGGUGAAGAAGCGGGUGUCCUUUGCAGACAACCAAGGGCUGGCCCUGACAAUGGUCAAAGUGUUCUCCGAGUUUGAUGACCCGUUAGAUAUUCCACUGAACAUCACCGAGCUCCUGGACAGCAUUGUGAGUCUGACAACGGCGGAGAGCGAGAGCUUUGUGCUGGAUUUCUCUCAGCCCUCUGCCGACUACCUGGACUUCAGAAAUCGGCUUCGGACCGACCACGUCUGCCUGGAGAACUGCGUCUUGAAGGACAGGGCCAUUGCGGGCACGGUGAAGGUGCAAAACCUCGCAUUUGAGAAGAUGGUGAAAGUCAGAAUGACAUUCGACACCUGGAAAAGCUUCACAGACUUUCCCUGUUGGUACGUGAAGGACACGUACGCAGGUUCAGACAAGGACACGUUCUCCUUUGAAAUCAGCUUGCCUGAAAAAAUUCAGUCUUACGAGAGGAUGGAGUUUGCCGUGUGCUAUGAGUGCAACGGACAGACGUACUGGGACAGCAAUAAAGGCAAAAACUAUAGGAUCAUCCGGGCAGAGUUGAAAUCCACCCAGGGAACAGCCCAGCCACCAAAUGGACCAGAUUUUGGAAUAGCUUUUGACCCGUUUGGAAGCCCUCGGUGUUCCUAUGGUCUGUUUCCAGAGUGGCCUAGUUAUUUAGGAUACGAGAAGCUUGGGCCCUACUAUUAGUGAUGGCCUGGGAUGGAGCCGGGCCGAGUGGGUGCACACGAGCCGAGCUGCAUCACCCCAGGACGGAGAUGGAAGCCCAGAGAAAAGCCGAACUGCCAGCAGGCACAGUUUUCGAAAAGAAAGGAUCCUAGUCACUUUUUUUCUUCAAGCAGCCAAGCCAGCCAGGCUUAGAUCACAGAACUGGGUUCACACUCAGAGGAGAUUGGUGUGCGGUCUGUUUGGCCCCCGCGUGGUGGCGACGAGGGUCUGAGCAGGAUGGUGCUGGAAAUCGUCUGGACGGGACCCAGGCCUACAGGAAGCGCUGGCCAGGCCAGAGGAUGGUGGCUCAGUGACGAGGAGCCCCUCUCCCCUCGGGUGUGGGAAGUCAGUCCCCCGGAAAGCCCCCGGCCCCCUCUUCUUGUGGUCUUCCCCGCCCACCCGGGGCCUCCCCACCUGUUGCAGCUGCCCCGCCGUGUCUACAUGGGCUUCACACUUCAUCUCUGUGUGUUUGAUUUUCUUCCACAGUUCAUCUGCAGUUCAGGAAAAGAUAAUAAAGGCAGAUCAGCUCAUGACGGAGACAGGCAUUUCCUUUUCCUGACCCCGCUUAGAUAUCCCAGCAGAGGACGACACACCAGCCAUGAAAAGUCAACUGGCUCCUGUGCGGUGUCACCACCCAUGGCAGGCUGAUGCCAGGCAGGUCAGGAGUGGGACACUUUUAGCUCCACCUCUUGGCGCUGCGGGGAGCUUUCUAAGCACUCGCUCUUACCCUGAGUCACCCGCGGGCUCAAUUACAAGACUUGCUGUAACUUGCCAAGCUGGUUUGCCCGUGUCUCUUUCUUCACAAAAGGAUUUUAGGAUCUCUUUUCCUGGAGAGUCAUCUUUUACGCUGUGCUCAGGACGUUUGGAUUUGCAGAUUAAGUGUAUCCUCGGCACCUUCAGGAAGUGCUUGGUUGUAUCUUGACUGUGAUUUACAACAUCCACGUUGUAAACAGCACCUUACAAGCCCCCACGGACUUGGAUUUGGUUGUUCUUACCUAUGGUGUGUGGGUAUGUAAAGGGAUAGGGGAGAAGAACCUCACCGAGUUCUCAGAUGUCGUUUUCGCUGUUUGCCAACUCUGAAAUAUCAGAGAUUAUUUGUUCUUAACCACGUUGGACUAAAGCAUUAAAAGUCUGUUGGUUCAUACUGUUGUGAGACUCCUGGGACUUUCCUUGUCAGAUGGACCCCCAAACCCUGUGAUUUUUCUUGGGCAAAAUUGGUUGGUCCUUGGGGGUGUUUAAAAAUGUUUUUACAUGUGUAUUUGUAGAAGGUUGGGGUCUUUUUCUGUUCUGUUUUUGUUUUUGGAGCUUAGCUAAAUGACUGCCUCAUUUUUCUUUUGCCUGACCUUACUAAAGUGAGGUCUUCCUCAGGGAGGAAGGAAGAGGAAUGCCCCACCGCCUGGAUUUGGGGGCACAGCUCCUGGACUCUGCAAGCAAAGAGUCUUCUUUCGCUUGCAUUAUCCAGAUCAGUUGGAAGAGACCUCCCAGCUUCUGUGGCUUUGUAAAUUAGCAUCAAGCAGGUCUGGAGUGUCUUGGCUCCUAGAGUUUUGUGGUUGGGUUUUUUCUUUUUUGAACUUUAAAAAGUUUUAACUUUUUAAAGGCUCUUAAGUGGUGUUCCACGGAGUUCUUGUUCCUAAAACUGGCUGUGACUAGUCUGCAAUCUACUGCUUUAUUUUUUAUGUCUCUCCUAGGUGGGCAGCACUGGGGGUUACGUGAUAAUUUAUGGGACAAUCACAUUUUUUAUGCUGAUAUUGGGCAGAACUGGGUUUUAUCUAAGCAUGUCUUACAUCAGGUACACAGACAGUACUCCCUGUGUUACAAAUCUGGUGAUCAGAACUAUCAUAUAAUAGUGUAAAUCGACACCAUGGGAAGCAAAACCGAUCUUACAUAGGUCAUGAAUUUAUUUUGCUUUACGAAGUCCCACCCUCCUCCUCCAGUUUAUGAAGGGUACAAGGGGUACUGUCCUUUCCCUAUUAACAGACCAAAGGUAUCAAGAUCGUUCUCUGUUCGUAAGAAAAAUGCCUCAAGUGACUUCUGUAUGGUUUUCAGUAAUAAGGAUCUUAAGGCGUUCCCGUGUGGGAAUUUGAAAUAUGGUAAUUCAGUGAUAAGUAUGUCUUUUAAAACACCACAAACGCUCUCCCACCCCUCUUUCCUCCCAGCUGACCCCUGCUUUCCUGCCAGGAGCACUGCUUGCAAGCCCCCUGCUGGUGCACCUGGGUUGCUUACCCCACCAGGCAAGUCCUCACCCGCUGGCAAAGACCCUUCUCUGACUAAAGCAAGUGCCCGCCCAAGUUCCCUGUCAGCACCGUCAUGCAGUGAGGUUACAGCGUCUGAAAAAUAGUCUCCUCUUUACCGAUCAGUCUGUCUCCUUUUGGGGCGGUUCUGUCCCAGGAAAUCAACAGAUGGCCUCAGGACCUGCUCCUCCUAUGGGCCUUCUCCUUGUUCGUAGCUCACCGGCAGUAGACAGGUGACACACUGCAGAAAGUGACCGGUUUCUUUUCUUUUUCCUCACUUGCAAGGUCAUAAUGUCACCAUUUUAAUUAAGAAAAACAGCUUUUUUUUCUUCCAGUGGAAAUAGCUUGAAACUCAAUUGAUAAUUCUUACAACUGGUACUAAACAAAGGUGGGGAAAAAAACCCAAUCAGAACUGGUAACAGCAGGUCAACAGCAGACAAAGAGCAGGGAGAAAGGGAAUUUUCCAUGCAAAGGAGAUUGUGCACGUGCAUAAUUCAAGGCCACAAUCAUUUUCUACCCCCAAGUUUGUGUGUUGUAUGCUUGCUUUCAACUGAAUUACCAUAAUAUUGUUUGUAUCCAUGAUUCAUUUACCUAGCCAAAAAUAGGCUCACCAGUGAGUUUUGCAGCUGUCCUUUUUUUUUUUUUUAACAUCUCUAUUGGAGUAUAAUUGCUUUACAAUGAUGUGUUAAGUUUCUGCUGUAUAACAAAGUGAAUCAGCUAUACAUAUACAUAUAUCCCCAUAUCUCCUCCCUCUUGUGUCUCCCUCCCACCCUCCCUAUCCCACCCCUCUAGGUGGUCACAAAGCACUGAGCUGAUCUCCCUGUGCUAUGCAGCUGCUUCCCACUAGCUAUCUAUUUUACAUUUGGUAGUGUAUAUAUGUCCAUGCCACUCUCUCACUUCAUCCCAGCUUACCCUUCCCCUUGGAAAGUGACAGGUUUCUUAGUUGGAGAUAUGAAUGCAGCCUGACCUGUAGAUUUGACCCUCAGACAGCUCUUGGUUAUGAUGACACGUGGCCCCCUCCCCAACUUGCCCCCAAAGGACCAGCCUUCUGCCGCUGGUGCAGCUGUCCGUGGAUGGGGAGGCAGCUCCAUUUCUGUUUCAUAUUUAUUCCCCCAUACGUCCUGGGGAGCAUUUGCAAAUUAGGUGCAAUAAGUAAGCUAGACUAUCUAAAGACAGAUUUUAAACAAUAAGCUUUCAGUGUCUCUUGGAAGAUGUGAAGCAUUUGGGCGAGUUGGUUUGCUUUUUUUUAAGUAUUCUUGUGAUAGGAGAGCUGGUGAGAAACAAUGGAGUUACGUAGUUCUCCAGAAAUUAAAACAAUUUCAGAGUCAAGGUAGAGUUUAUUUCUCUCUGAGAUUUAAUUUUAAUGGUGGCAAAACAUUACUCUCUCAAUGUUUCUUAAAGAUGUAAAUCUUGAACUGCUAAAAGAAUGUUUUGUGGUUUUGAUCUUUGCAUAUAAUUUGCUUUUUUUUUACAACAAGCGUUACUUGUAGUCACUGGGACAUUAAAUGGCUUGUAUAUAUAUGUUUAUACACCAAAAAAGUGUUUGCUCACUUUUCAGAAGUGCCGUUGUCUAGGUCUUCCCUCUCAGUGGACAGUGAGUGAAAACCUCGGUGUCUUUCCUGUUUUCCACGUGUUAGAUCCCUCGAAUGGACGUGGUGUGCUGGAGAAAGCACAUGGCUGUCUGCUCUGGGAGGUCCUGACGGCCUGUCUCUCCCCAGAUGAUCACUGACAUUGGGGCUAAGAUGUUACACACACAGUGGGAUCUCCCAGGGUCAUCGAAGACGAUUUGCCAGCGUAUCUUCGCUUCCUGAAGUGGGACACCUCUGGACUGGGAAGGACAGCUGUGCUGACGGGCAGCUUUUCCUUGUUAUGGUUGUAAAGCGUUGCAGCCCAGGUUGUAAGGUUGUGAAUGUUUUUACAGUCUUGUUUAUCAGUUCCUCGAGUCGGCUGGACCCGUGAAGACUCCAAGAAUGCAGCUGUGAUGGUGGUGGUCCACUCUUCCUUCUAUGUAUGUGAAUGUAGAAACGGAGACUCAUCUUCAUUUUCAUGCCUAAAAGUGCCUUGUUGAGAAAGUUCCACAGGCUUUAAAAAAAAUACAUAUUUUUGUACACAGAGUUAAAGGGGAAAUGCACUUUAAAAUCACAAGAAUGGAUGCCUUUUGUGUGGUAUAAGAGAGUGGUUUGUUUGAAUCUCAAAUGCAAAAAUGUAAU